UUCUUUUUUAAUUUAAUUUAAUUUAAUUUAAUUUAAUUUAAUUUAACCAAAGAAACAUUCAUCCUAAAAUGUCUUAACAGCCCUGAGUACAUUACAUUACACCACAACCCUCAUGGAUUCUUGAUUCUGUUUGGUCAGAAGGUUGAUUCAUUUUCCAUAAGAGCAGCUUUGACAGUACUUCUGUUUGAUAAGAGAAAGCAGUUUAUUUCUCGUGAUGUUGAGGUUCUCUUUGGGAGUGACAUGGUACAUCAGAGGGACGGCUCAUGUUGGAUGUUUGGGGGACAAAGUUUGGGAGACCAGAUUAAGAUGGUUUGGACAUGUUCAGAGGAGGGAGAGUGAGUAUAGUGGUAGGAGAAUGUUGGACAUGGAGCUGCCAGGCAGGAGGAAAAGAGGAAGGCCAAAGAGGAGGUAUAUGGAUGGAAUAAAUGAGGAUAUGAAGCUAGUGGGUGCAAGUGUUGAGGAUGCAGAAGAUAGGGAUCGGUGGAGAGAGAUGAUUCACUGUGGAGACCCCUGAAGCUUCCUCAAACCUCUGUUGCUCUUAUUACAGCACAUGUUUAAUUCCUAAUAAUAUUAGACUUUAAAAGCAGCAAGUGGUUAUAUAGUAAGAAAAAAAAAUUGUAUGAAACUUGUUGUCGAUUAAAAAAGUGAGAAGCAUCAGCUUGCCCUAGUGUUUUGCAGUGUAAGCUCGCUGUCAUUUAUUUAAAACGUGCGCCUGACAUUUACAUGUUCAUUAACAAAGCUCGUAGAAGUGCCCUUUUCAAUCAAGGGAGGAGGCUAUUAGCAGACAUUGUUCCAUUGCACAUUACCAGGGGACAUGAGCACGGCAACGGAAUAAACAUCCGAGCUGAUGCAGGAAAAUGCCAAGACCCUGGGAUAUUUAAGGGAGAUGCAGGAUUUAAUUAGAAAAACGUGAGUGAGUUGGGAUACGUUGUGAAGUCGGUGCUAAGAAGGCAUGCUAUUCAAACGAAAACCUUCAACAGUGGAGGGUAGCAAUUCUGUUUACACGGUUUCGAUUAUAUUUUUAUAUCAACAGUACAAUGAAAUAUUUGCUAUGAAUAUACAUUACAUACACUCAUGUGUUUGGAACAAUGGACAAAGAAUUUAUCUCAUGAAAGCAUAUUCUGAUGCAAUUUUGCAAAUUUUAGCUCUACUCUUUUCAGGCUUCAAAUGAAAUGGCUUCAGUAAGCUUUCAGACAUCCAUAUUUCAGUAGAAUCUCCCUACACAAGCAGAUGUUCAAGCUAGAAUCGAGUCUAGAUACGCACAUGGUUGCCACCUUGGAACAUACAAACAUGGCACUGAAUUAUUCACGAGCAAUCUUUUUGAAAGCAUCAGUAAUGGUAGAGCGUAACAGUGUUGUGUGGUGAUGCCCACAGGAUUACGUAACCAAACAGUCGUUAUGUUCAGUGCCUAAAGAUGUUUAAUUAUUCCUAAUGAAGUCAGCCAUAUGUGUGGUGUAUGCAGAUGGAGAGCAUACGGAUGGUUCUAAUUAAGUGGAGCUCAUUGGAAGUAACAUACAAAUAAAAGCACUUUUUAUACCGAUAAAUAAAAUAUCCAAGGUUUAUAACAUGGGGGUUUCCCUAUCAUCAUUAGAUAUUUGUUGUUUUUUUUGAUAGAAUGGUCUAUUAAUAGUUAGUAAUAACAGGUUCAGAAAACAGUGUAAAUAUAUCUGCCCUUUGAUACCUCCUAUCACUUCUACUACUGAUAUUAUCCAGAAUGGAGUCAAUAAUUAUUUCCAGAGUGGCUAAAACUCAGUCAUGACAUAUGGCAUCCCUCUACCACCCCCACACUGUCACUCUCACCAGUUUCUGUCAAUCGAUUAUGCUUGAGUGAACCUGCCCCCCUGUUUGGGAUUAAAGUCUAGACAUGUCCUAUUGGGCGCCAGAGCAGAACAAGGUCUCCAAUUGGCAGAAAGCUAGAUAUAGGGCUAGCAAACUUGGCCUCUGAAAGGUGAGAGGACAAGAAACUGACAGAAGGGAGGAACUCCCCUGUGAGAAAGAUGAUGCAAGCUUUCUAUGAAGGAGGCUGGUGAUGAUCUUCACGAUCAGAUGAACUCCAUGAUGGGAGCUCUCCAAGAACUCAAACUUCUCCAAGUCCAAACCGCACUUGAGCAGCUGGAGAUCUCAGGAAAAAAUUGUGUGGCUCCACCACCAUCUAAAUCCAUUAAUACUGAGCUUGAAGACCAGCAACAUCAAUCAUCUGAGAACUCUAGCCAAGAAGAACAAGUUCAAUUCCAUCAUCUACAUCGCAGUAGUGUUGCGACUUCACCCUCUACAUCCAGCCUAGAGAGUGAGGGUAUGCCUUUGCUCAGGAAGAUCUCAGGAUACUCUGCUCCACAAGUGGAAUAUUGUGGCCCAAAAAUGGGUCAAACACCAACAGACCACCAAAGCAUGCACCCUCACUCAUCCAGUGGAGUUACACCAGUGGAUCUGUCCGGGAUUCUCCAUAGCUUGUCUCGAGAGGGACCAUCUUUGGAUAGUGACUACAUCGAGGACAGCUUGGACGAUUCCGGUGAUUGGACGUCCUCCCUUAUGAGUCGCAGCCGCAAUCGUCAACCUCUGGUACUCGGUGACAACGUGCUUGCUGACCUGGUAGGCAACUGGCUUGACCUACCUGAAGUGGACAAAGACUGUGUUGAUGGGGGAAAGGGAAUCAACAGACCAGACUCCCCAGCUCACCCACUCUACCUCAGCCGAUCCCAAGAACUCUGCAAAAGAUUCUCGCUCACCAGCAACAUCUUUAAAAAGUUUCUACGUAGUGUGCGACCUGACCGGGACAAACUGUUGAAAGAAAAACCUGGCUGGAUGCCACCGGGUCAUGACUCUGAAGGAGAGCUUUUUAAAAGACCCAAGAAAACCACCAAGACCAAGGGUAGAUUCUACUUACCAUUCUGGUCAGGGGGUGGACAGCAAGCCAAGGGUAGAUUGUGUCCUCAGCCAGUAGAAGAGAAGGGCCAAGUAUUAGGACUUUACCUAGAUCAGGGUCCUACAGAUGCAGUGGAAAAGGUCCAGCCUUUGCUUGAUUACAGUACAGCUGUUUGGGUUUAGCCGGGAUUUUCUGGGGGAAAUUAAGGGGGCGGGAAUUCAACUCGCGUAGGAUUGAGUGAGAUUAAAAUAGCUUUGGAUCUAGACUUUAUCAAUGACAAUCUAUUAAAUCCUUCAGGGUGUGAAACGGGAUCUUGUUCAGACGGCGCACUUAACUGCACUCGACUCUCAGUGAGAAUACAAAUGCCCAAGACACUUCUGCUGAUAUGCUUAUUAUAUAACUCUUUCUUGUUUUUAAUGUCUUGCACACAAGUCUACCAUGAUGUCUGUACUGAAUGACCACAGUCUGCACUGAAUUACCCCGGUCUUCAUUCAGGGCAAAUAGAGGUUCCUCUGAGCUACUGUAAAACUGAUCAGCAUGUUUACUUUGGAUCUGAAAUUUUAUUAUGUAUGGCACAGAUCUAUCUCCCAACACUUUCAUGUAGACCUGCCGUUAGUAUCUUAAAGAAAGCGAAAAACUUUUUAUUUACCUAGAAUUUAAUCUCACGCUAGUACUUACACUCAGUGAAACUCUUUUGUCUCAAUUACAGUCCCAAAUAAAGAUUUAAUUUGCGUGGGAAUUGGAUUCGAUUAACUGCAUGGACAUACAUAGGAUAAUAUUGUACAUGAUGUCAAAAACAUAUAAGGUGUCCAAAGGAGAUCUUUUAACAUGCACUGUGGACUGAGGUGAGAAAUCGAACAUUAAGUUUGCUUGCGUUUUUUAUUUUGCUACAUGGGUUUAUAUGAUGUAAUUGUGCUUUAUAUUAAUCAGGGCCUUGUGUAUGCAAACAUACCUGAUAAUGAAUAUGUUAUGAUAUAUAUUUUCACAGUUUUUCAACUUUCUGUCAAUCUGAUAUAAGCAAAAAUGACACUUUUUUCUGUAGGGAAAAGCCCAUAUGUACUAUAUACGAAAAGCAUGUGGCUCCAACUGACCGUGCCUGCAGAUCAGAUUAUUUUAAUUAGUCUUUUUAAAUCUUACAUAAUCUUAAAUAUAAGGUUAUGUUUCCCAGUAUUUUUGGCUCGUCAGGGAACGAAACGGAUAGUUACACUGAGUUUUGUUUCAAGUAUAUUUCAGCAUCGUGCAGCAUUCUCAGUUCACGACACAAGUGUAAAGUAAGGAGGAGAAAAUGCUGAUACACAAAAAGCCAUUCUGUGCUCUGAGGGUGGAAAUGAGCUGUCGACACUUUUCUACCGUAGUCGCAAAGUACUUUUGUACAACUAACUCGGAUUUCUACCGUGGGAAUGGGAAUGGAAAUGUAUAAAUACAUAAAUGAGGUCUGGUUUGUUAAGCCUGUAUUUUAUUGUCUUGCCAAAGCAAGGAUUGUUUUUAAAUCAGUGUGUGUGUAAAUAUACUGUCACAAUUUUCAAUAAAAAAAAAUAUAUUUCUUUAUAAAAUCCUAAUUAAGUGUGAGUGAUGACCUUACUACAUAUCUCUGGGCUACAACAUAAAGGGAAGCCGUAUUCGUUGUGAGUUUUCAAAACUAUUGGCACCCCCCCAUCAUUAAUAUUCAAUGAUGCCUCCUCUGUAGAGAAAAACUCAUUAAACCUAUUCCUAUAAUAUCCAACAAGAUUGAAGAUUUUGAGGGUCUGGGUUUCGGAAGAAGCCAAACAGGAUGUUACUGAGGCGGUGAAUAUUGGAUAUAAUGUUAGUAAAAAUUAAUGAGGAGAAUAUUUACAUUUACAUUUCUGAUUUCGGGCAUUUGGCAGAUGCUCUUAUCAAUAGUGAUGUACAAAAGUGCUUUGAAGUAUCAAUGAAUAGAUUUACACAGGUUCAAUAGGUCAUGGACUUAGGAUACCAUC